AUGGCAACACCGCGUGAGGCAUACAAUUUGGGAGUUAUGCGGACGAACACUGGAGAGCCUGGUAACCCAGGAGGUUUAUCAUUGCUGAAUGAGCCAGCAAAUAAUAUUCCUCAGCCUGAUGUCGACGUUGUCGAACCCGGAAGACAGUCUGAAAGCACAGAGAGGUCCAACAGAAGCGAUGAGGAGAUCAUAUAUAAUGGUGCUGUCGGACAAAAGGAUACCACAUCUCUUAGACGAGACCUUGGAGAGCGGCACGUCAACAUGAUCACCUUUUCAUGUGUCAUUGGCAUAGGUCUCUUCCUGCAGAAUGGCAGGAUUAUAAACCUUGCAGGACCAGGAAUGGCGUGGUUGGCAUACCCAUUGAUGGGGACGAUCGUCUGGUCCGUACAAGCAGCUCUCGGAGAAAUGUCAGCGCUUUUCCCAGUACCAGGGGCGUUGUUCGAAAUGCCCUGUAGGUUUUUGGAUCAAUCAAUUGGAUAUGCUGUAGGGUGGACAGCAUGGUUCGCGUGGGUUGUUAUCAUUGCCGCAGAAUUGCAAGGAGUAGCAGGACUCUUCCAAUUCGGAUUCAAGUCGUCAGAUCUCGAAAGGUUGCACUAUCCAGAGCACUCGCUAGAGUGGGGAACUAGCAGCGUCAACCCUGCCGUCUGGAUAUCAAUCUUCCUCGUCCUUGUACUGCUUGUCAACCUCCUCCGUGUGCGGUGGUUCGGUGAACUUGAGUACUGGAUUGGUGUUAUGAAAAUGCUGUUCAUCGUUGGGUUGAUACUCUUCAAUAUCGGUAUCAAUAUCGAGACGGGAAACCAUUUUCGCUUUUACAAUAGCCCAUGGGGAUUCAUCUCACAUGGAUGGACAACACCAAGCGGUGCCGUCCAGACCGGCGGCUGGGCACACCUUGCGAGCGUUUGGACGGCGAUGACACUGACCAUAUUCUCUAUGAUCGGGUUUGAAGCCGUCACGAUCACUGCCGCCGAGAACCGAGAGCUCCGUACCUAUGAAGGCGUCAAGAUCUCCAGCAGGAAAAUCGCCAUCCGGAUCAUCUUGCUUUACAGCCUCACUACCUUCACGGUCGGAUUGAAUGUGCCGUACGAUGAGCCACUGCUAGCGAACCGAGAUAUCUCUGUCCUGGACAACGGAACUCAUUCUGCAUUCGUCAUUGCUGCAAUCCGGGCGGGAAAGAAGUUUUGGCCAAACUUCUUCAACGGGUUCUUCAUCCUAUCUGCAACAUCUUCCGGUAUCAAUUCAUUGUACUUGUCGUCUCGCGUCUUGCAUGCACUUGCUCUCUCCCAAGGUGCAUGGCCAAGGUGCCUAAGAACGGUGCAGAACCGUCUGAAAGAGACCGGAUCCAAGGGGGUUCCACGCAAUGCGGUGUUGAUAAGUUGGCUUUUUGGUUUUCUCGGAUAUUUGGCGGCAGGUACCACGCCUUCACAUGAAUUGGGCCGACUCGCCCUCAACUCGACAGUCUCGAUGCUCAUCGUCUACGCAGUGAUCUGCGUGACCUUCCUGAGGUACAAAGCAAUGUGGGUUUCGAUGCCUUCGGUAUGGAUUCAGUUGACAUUUCCCAGCAUCAAACAAGCAUCCACCGGCCAAUUCCGAGGUACAGACUUUAUUGAGCCGCAGCAGAAUCUGAGGGCGUACUCCCGAAGGAAGGAUUCCCAGACUUAUCCGUACCGAUCAAACUGGCAGCCUUUGCGAACGUGCUAUGCCCUCUUCGGAAGCACCAUGAUGAUCGUCCUCAAUGGUUGGCGGUCGAUCAUUCCAUUCAGUCCGCCAGAUUUUGUGGCAUCCUACAUCAGCGUGAGCCUGCCGAGAUCAUGA